AUGGCGAAUAAUUCGCUCUCCCACCACCUCCUCCUCCCGCUCGCCGGCGACGACGACCCCGCCGCCUCCUCCUCCUCCGCCUCCGCCCUCACCUUCCCCUCCUUCUGGCCGCCCUUCCCCUCCCUCCUCCCCGACUCCGACUCCGACGCGCCCUUCUUCCCUCCCCGCCGCAUGGACCGCUGCGUCGCCGCCCGGCAGGAGACCGCCGCGGCGUUCCUCGGCCUCGACUUCCACGACGAGGACUACGGCGCCGACUGGGCGGCGCUGGACGAGCCCGGCCUGCCGCUCUGCUGGGACUGCCUGCAGCUGGAGGAGCACGACGCCCACCAGCGCUGGGACCUCACGCUGAGCGACGCCGACGAGUGGGAGCAGGUCGCCGCCCGGGGCCACGAGGAGGCCGAGCCCCCCGCGGCGCGGAGCCUCGAGUGGGAGGUGCUCGUCGCCGCUAACAGGCUAGGCAGCCUCAUCAUCGACGAGGACGUCGACGACACCGGCGUCGGCGUCGGCGGCAUCGAGACGUACUUCCUCGACGGCGGCGCCGACGACGAGGACGACAUGCUGUUCGGGCAGCUGGCCGCGGAGGCGGAGCACGAGCCCCCGGCCAAGGGCGGGCGCGCGGCGGCGAAGGCCGCCGUGGAGGGCCUCCCGACGGUGGUGGUCGCGGUCCGGGGCGGCGCGCAGUGCGCGGUGUGCAAGGACGGCAUCGAGGACGGGGAGGGGGCCCGGAGGCUGCCGUGCGCGCACCUCUACCACGACGCCUGCAUCCUGCCGUGGCUCGCCAUCCGCAACACCUGCCCGCUGUGCCGCCACGAGCUGCCCACCGACGACCUCGAGUACGAGAAGUGGAGGGCCAGGCGGGCCGCCGGCGAUGCCAAUGCCAACGGCGACAGGUACGGCAUCGCCGCCGGUCAUCGUGCUGAAUGA